UGAAAUCCGGUAUUAAUCCCUUCGAUUCCCAAGAAGCCAAACCCUAUAAAAAUGAUCCGGAAAUUUUGGCCAUGACCAACUUAGUGGUAUCCUAUCAAAAUAAUGACAUUAAUGAAUUUGAAUCGAUAUUACGCACUAAUCGUAGCAAUAUUAUGGCUGAUCCUUUCAUACGAGAACACAUUGAAGAUCUGCUAAGGAAUAUACGCACACAGGUUCUAAUUAAAUUAAUACGACCAUAUAAAAAUAUAGCCAUACCAUUUAUUGCCAAUGCACUGAAUAUUGAACCGGCCGAAGUUGAGAGUCUAUUGGUGUCGUGCAUACUAGACAAUACCAUCCAGGGACGCAUUGAUCAAGUAAAUCAAGUUUUACAAUUGGAUAAGGAAAACAGUACAGGAUCUCGUUAUAAUGCCAUCGACAAAUGGUCCAACCAAAUUCAAUCUCUACAAAUGGCAGUCAUCAAUAAAAUGGCCUGAGACAGGCCUUCAAUUGCUAUGCAUUGUUUACCAACAUUAAACUUUU